AUGAAAUUUGGUACUACGUGUCUGGUGGCCCUGCUGUCUGAUAAGGAGUUGACUGUGGCCAACGUCGGAGACUCUCGUGGAGUUCUUUGCGAUAAAGAUGGCAACGCAAUUCCUCUGUCGCAUGACCACAAACCUUACCAGCUCAAAGAACGCAAGAGGAUCAAGAAGGCUGGUGGGUUCAUUAGCUUCAACGGCUCGUGGCGUGUCCAGGGCAUCUUGGCCAUGUCCCGUUCUCUGGGCGAUUACCCCCUGAAGAACCUCAACGUGGUCAUUGCUGAUCCUGACAUCAUGUCGUUUGACCUGAACAAGCUGCAGCCGGAGUUCAUGAUCCUGGCUUCGGACGGCCUGUGGGACACCUUCAGCAACGAGGAGGCGGUUCGCUUCAUCCGGGAACGACUGGCCGAGCCUCAUUUUGGCGCCAAGAGCAUUGUCCUCCAGUCCUACUAUCGUGGUUGCCCUGACAACAUCACCGUCAUGGUGGUCAAGUUUAAAGGCAAGGCCAGCGAGCAGUAGACCAGCCGUCGUCGACGCACAGUAUCUAUAUUGUGUUUGAAUAUAAGUAAGAAUAAAAUAGGCUUAACAUGAAAGAUUUAAAAACUGAAAAAUAACUUUUUGAGCGGGAACUAUUUCUAUCACAGAUAUUUACAGAAGUUAGCCCUUCAAUGCAUCAAACCACACCCCGCUCCCCCACCUUCACUUUCACUGUGAAAAGGGUGUCACUUGUAAGAAAACGUCUUUCAUUUAGGCUUAGCCAUAUCGUGCAGACACCGUAAUGCAAGCUGGGUCACUGUUAUGCAAAUAAACAGAUUUAGCUGCGUGUGUGUGUGUGUGUGUGUGUGUGCGUGUGUGUGUGUGUGUGUGUGUGUGUGUGUGUGUGUGUGUGUGUGUGUGUGUGUGUGUGUGUGUGUGUGGGGUUGGGAAGAGAAGCAUAGACAGAUGUCACGUUAACAACCACUUUAUUGUCUAGCCAAUAAUGAGACAUUUAUACAAGUAUACAAGCUAGCAUGGAGUUUCACUUCCACAUUAUUUCUGAGGUGAUGCCUUCCACCCAAUGUCUAUGUGACCACUAAUGUUUAUAUUUUUAGUAUUCUAACUCUCUUUCCACAUCAUUUAAUUCAUUAAUUGAGUGACUGCACUGAAAACGUUUUUUUUUUCCUGGAUCAAAUACAUGUCACUGGUGCAAAUCUGAAUGUAUUCCCUUUAUACAUGAACAACACAAAUGAUAAUAGGCUUGUUCAAAUAUCACCAUUCAUAUUGUACAGCAAUAGAACCAAUGGUUGUAUCACACUCUCUCUUGAUGUAAGAAUAAAUGUGUUUUAUCUCAAAUUUUAUAAGUUUAGAUGUUGAAUGUUCACUUAAAGGAUUGCUGUUCUGCGCUGAUAAAGUCUCAUUUCUGUCUUUAUUGAUGAUACAUUUUAAGAUUAUUUUUAAAAGAUGAGACUCCCUCUCUUAUCAGAAUCUGUAACUACUGAUAAUGUAAUAACUGUUGGAUAAUGCAGUAGGUCGUCAAAGCAAUACCUUGUGGUGAUAAUGUCGUAACAUCUCAUCGUGACUCUAUAACUGCUAAUUAUUAAUUCACAAGGUUUGUCACAUGUCAUCUGAUACAAUAACUUUGACUGCUCAUUUAAACUUGUAAAAAAGAAGGUAAUAGUUGAGUUAUCACAUAAAAUAAUUGGAAUAAUAAUUGGCAGUUAUAAUUGUAAUAUUAUUUAGGAAUUCAGAUUAACCAUGAAAGAUUUUCAACCCAUUUAAUAGGGUUCUAUUUUAUAUAUUGACAUGCUAUUCCUUUAUCUGACUUUUCUCACAUUAUUACUGACCACAAUCUACAUGAGACAUACAUGUACUGAAAUUGACAAUUUAUCGUUGCGUCAAUUGUUAAUGCCAUGUCAUCCACAUCCUGAUAUCGAUCACAUAUGACAUUUCCCUGAACUGUAAGUCAAAAUGUAACAAGCCUUUGAAUGAAACGCAUUAUUGUUGCCUUAUUUUUUAAACUGUUAAUUUCCUGUUAUGAAUUCUGCUGCCAAAACUACUUAUUGGUUUUUAAUGUAAUGCAGUCGAUCAUGCCAUGCACACUGCACAACCUCGGUGUCGUACCUUGUUAACUCACAUGUAGAAUAGCAUUGUUGAAAGAAAUGUCUCCAAGAGACACGGAAUUGUAAGAUGAAUGUACAUACCUUCCUCUUGUUAGUAUCACCCCUCCACUGUCCAAACGGCAAUGAAGAAAGCAGUGCGCCUGUUCCUGGAUUGUUUAACUUCAGAGAUAUAUAUCAGAUGAAACUGUUUGUGCUUUUUCAGUUCACAUUAUUCCCCGAUAAUGUACCUUACAGAGUGUUUAUGUGGCAUUUGUACUUGUUUUUGUUGAAUUUAAUAAACUGUAAAAAAAAUGAAAUAAAAUAAUUCUGACAUUUCAAAAUGUAAAUCUAAAAGGUAACAUUAAAAUGAUAAAUGAUCA